UCAUAGAUCAGCGAUGGCGAGGCCAUUUAACGACGGCGUCAAGUUUCUAUUCAAAUAAAAUGUACAAAAUUAUUUUUUUUGCAUAUAAUAGGGACACAAAAAAACGUGCAUAGGAAAGAGAGAGUUUACCGGGCCGAUAUCGACAUUUAACCGCGGAUGACCUCGAUCUCCGUCGCUUCUCCUUUCACUUUAAAACAAUACCUAUGAAAACUAAGUCACGCAUUGAUUGAACACAUGAAAGUGAUUGGCAUAUAUGCAGGAAUUUCCCUUUCAAAAUAAUGACAAUCAUGAAAAGUGCAAUCGUGCGGCUACUGCUUUUGCUAAUUUUCUUUGAAAAUGCAACAAGUUUGAUUAUACCUGAGGAAGUGCCAAAUUUAAGUUUGAUCUAUUCAAAUAUUCCUCCGAUCAAAAAAGGAACCGAUUCCAGACUUGGUUUAGGAUUUCGAUUAGGUGAACAUGCGGAUUUCCAAAUUGUUAUCGAAUUGGGACCACAAAGUGAAACAAAUCCGAUAGGUACAACUGACAAUGCUAAAAAAAGAGAGGUAAUGUUACAUGCCGCGAUGAAAGGAGAAUUAGGACCAUUAGCACAACAAAUAGCCAAAUAUCAAGUGGAACGUAGAAUCCAAAAGGAAAUGGAAAAACUUAAAGCAAUGGAGGCGGCAUUUAAAAAGAUUCAAAUACAGAAUAAACAAGAGAAUUCUCAGACUGUUCCUAAUAAUUGGUUGACGAAAUGGAGGCAGGAGAUAUCCCAAUCAACAGAAGACAACGUGCCAUUAAAUAUAGUUCAAGAUAAAGAUGAAAAACAAAUAAUUCAACAAAAAAUAGAAAAGUUAUCAGUUAAAUCUGGUAUUCGAAAGGAUACAUUGGAAGAACUAACUAAGUUACAUAAACCACAAAAUAUGGAUAAGAAAGAAUCAACAGAAAUCUGAUAUUGGUAUCUUUCUCUUUUGUUUGUAAUAUUAUUA